CUCGCUGGACUGUCACACCUCUUCAGAGGCGCGCGCUGAUUGGCUGGGGGGAGGUGUGGCUCUGACGUCGCGCCGAAACCGUGCGUGUUCGCGGCCAGUGUCACCGGCGAGCAUCUUGUGCGUGAGUGUGCUGCGUCCGUCAUCGGAGACGCCAUCAUCAGCCGGGGCACCGUGCCCUCCCUCCCUCUCUCCUGGCGGUAAGUAUCUUUCUGUUUACACCAUCUCCGUUUUUGACUUGUCUUGAACCAAACGUUUUAGAAUGCAGAUAAAGGAAGAUAUAAAUCCAAUUCUUCUCUACCUCUUGCACUUCUUUAUGUGGCUGUAUGGCGUUAUCACAUUCGUGCCCUGGUUCCUGAUUUCUGGUGCAAGAGAGCGUCAGAAGUGUGCAAAGCGAAUAAAAGCCAAACCUCUAGCAGAACAUCCUGGCAGUCCGUACAGAUCUGUUGACAGUUUCCAUACUUUGGCAUCCUCCAUUUACCCAGGCUGCGAUACUCUGGACAAGGUCUUCAAACAAGCUACGGACAAUUUUAAAACCAAUCCUUGUCUAGGAACUAGAGAGGUACUGAAUGAGGAGGAUGAAGUCCAGCCUAAUGGGAAGGUGUUUAAAAAGGUGAUCUUGGGGAAUUACAAUUGGUUGACAUUUGAAGAGGUCUACUCGUUGGCUGCUCAGUUCGGAAAUGGUCUUGCUCAACUUGGUCAGAAACCAAAGUCUAACAUUGCCAUAUUCUGUGAGACACGAUCAGAGUGGAUCAUCACAGCCCAGGCAUGCUUCAUGCACAACUUCCCUUUGGUUACAAUUUACGCAACAUUGGGGGGUCCUGCGAUUGCACAUGGACUGGUGGAAACGGAGGUCACCCACAUAAUUACCAGCAAGGAGCUGCUGCAGACAAAACUCAAGGGCAUCCUUCCUCAAGUCCCUCUUCUAAGACACAUCAUUCUUGUGGAUGGCACCAGCUCGCAGCCUGCAGACUUAACACAAAACAUUACUGUAAACAGUAUGGCCUCAGUACAAGCCCUGGGAGCAAAGAGAUCAAACAAACCGCAGUCCGUUCCUUUGGCGCAUGACAUUGCAGUGAUCAUGUAUACAAGUGGUUCUACAGGCAUUCCAAAAGGUGUCAUGAUAUCUCACAGUAAUCUGAUCGCUGGCAUCACUGGCAUGGCACAAAGAAUACCCAAUCUGGGGGACACCGAUACCUACAUUGGCUAUUUGCCUUUAGCUCAUGUUCUAGAGCUUAGUGCUGAAUUGGUUUGCCUUUCCAACGGUUGCCGCGUUGGCUACUCAUCACCUCAAACUCUAUCUGACCAGUCCACAAAAAUCAAAAAAGGAAGUAAAGGUGAUGCAUCAGAACUUAAGCCGACCCUCAUGGCUGCGGUCCCGGAAAUUAUGGAUAGGAUUUACAAGAAUGUGAUGAGCAAAGUUGCCACCAUGAGUCCAAUCCAGAAAGGCCUUUUUUCUCUGGCUUACAACUACAAAAUGAAACAGAUCUCCAGAGGCUACAGUACUCCGUUAUGUGACAGGAUUGUGUUUCGGAAGGUGAGGAAACUGUUGGGUGGAAAAAUGCGAGUCUUGCUAUCUGGUGGAGCCCCUCUUUCAGCUGCCACCCAACGAUUCAUGAAUAUCUGUUUCUGCUGUCCGGUGGGCCAGGGCUAUGGCUUGACAGAGACAUGUGGAGCUGGGACUAUAACAGAAAUGACUGAUUACAGCACGGGGAGAGUAGGAGCACCUCUGAUCUGUAGUGAAAUAAAACUCAAAAACUGGGAAGAAGGUGGCUACUACAAUACAGAUGAGCCGUACCCAAGAGGAGAAAUCCUGAUUGGUGGUCCAAAUGUUACAAUGGGCUACUAUAAAUAUGAUGCAAAGACUAAGGAAGACUUCUAUGUGGAUAAAAAUGGGCAAAGAUGGUUUUGCACAGGUGACAUUGGAGAGUUUCAUGAAGAUGGCUGCUUAAAAAUCAUUGAUAGGAAGAAAGACUUGGUGAAGCUCCAGGCUGGUGAAUAUGUUUCUCUGGGUAAAGUGGAGUCUGCUCUGAAGAACCUCCCUCUUGUGGAUAAUAUAUGUGCAUAUGCAAACAGUGAUCAGUCGUAUGUGAUCGGUUUUGUGGUGCCGAAUCAAAAGGAAUUGUCAAUUCUGGCUGCACAGAAAGGCGUAGAAGGAAGCUUUGAAUCUCUCUGCAACAACCCGACUAUGGAGAAAGAAGUGUUGAAUGCACUGAGAGGGUCUCCUGCAGCAGCUACUCUUGAAAAGUUUGAGAUCCCAGCAAAGAUCCGUCUUGUUGCGGAACCCUGGACACCAGAGACUGGACUAGUGACGGAUGCUUUUAAACUUAAACGGAAGGAACUCAAAAGUCACUACCAAGAAGAUAUAGAGCGGAUGUAUGGGGGAAAAUGAAACCGGAGUCUUCUCCUACAUCCACCUCUAGUGUGAGAAUGGAAUGAUUAUUAACUUAUUACACCUGUUGCAGGCUUCUUUAGCAGUGGUUGGGACCAGUAGGCUUUACAUCAUACUGCUGGGGAAAAAAGGACAUCAAAUGGAAAAACUUGAAUUCCCAUACAUAAAUAUUAUAUAACCAAACCCCAUAUAAAAACUUUCCAUUCAACCGUGAAAUAGAUUAUUUUCAUUCUUCGUUAAUUGUUGGAUUUUCAGGUAUAAAAUAUACAUCAUAUUUUUAGACUUGUACUCUCUUUGACCAGCCAGGCUUUAAAAAAAUGCAAAUAUUAGUACCGUCCUCUGGCCAAUGUCUCUGCCUUACAUGUUUGAUUCCUUUAGAUCUGUAAACCAAAUGUAAAACUGUUUCUCCUUUCUGUAUGGUGUUCAAAGGAUGUGUGAAUGCAACAGCACAUGUGGAUGAAAACUCAUCAUUGUAUUUUUGUUUUUCCAAAAGUUUUGUUAUCUUGUAUUUGAUGCAGCAGUCCUUCUUUCCACCUCUGAAAAGCAACGGCUGUACAUUUUAGAUUCUUAUUUCAAUAUAUAUUUCUACUUUAGAUGGGUUCCUUCUAUUUUUCGUUCGCCUUUGCUGAACUCCAGUGAUGCUUGCCUCACAGCGGUUUGCAAUAUCCUUGGUCUAGUUUGUCUUUGUUUUAGUUUUUCUUAUUGGUAUGUUGGUUGAAGCAUGCAGAAUAUAACAUUACAAUUGUACAAAAUGGUUAUCUCAUGACUAAUCUUCUAAGGCUGCUUGUUAUGUUUAGCUGCCAAAUUGGGGACCAUAUAAAACCACAAGGAGGCAUCAAACUCUGGUCAUUAGAAUCUUGGAAACAUGUAGUUUAACCUGUUUCCAUCCUUACCUGUAAAAUAGUGUGUGAGAUGUAGUCAGAGACCAGUUUAGCCAUCCCAGACCUAGAUAAGUGAUAAGGAACUUCCUGGCACUGCAUCUGUUUUAGACUAGUUCUCAUUGCUUCUUGGUAUUAUAGGAAAUGCCCACAAAUUCUGUAUUGUUGAAGCUUUACUGUUUUGUUUAUAGUCUCCAAAUUCAUACUACAUUCUAUGAAGAAUGUUUGCUUUCUAAUAAGAUUUGAAAUGUUGGAGAUAUUUCACUUCUUUUUGUAUCUAGAGCCUGUUUAUCUGCUGCAUAUUAAAGUGUCUUAGAACCGAAGCUAGCCAAGCCAUUUCAGGAGAGCACCCUAGUUCUUCAGUGGCCAGUGUUUUGCCUUGUGGGCUACUCUUGCCUUAGACCAGUGGGAGGUAACAGACACCACUCCUGAAUUUGUAGACUACAUCUCACAUAAUGCUCACAGCCAUAAUGCUGGCAAAGCACCAGGAGAGAUGUAGUCCACACCAUCGGGAGUGCUGAACGUUGCCUGCCCCUACCGUAGAACAAACAUUAGAUUUUGCACCAAAGUAUAGUCUCCAGUGAUUAACAGUUAUUUAUUUACUGGUCCUGAUAUCGUACUUUCCAUCGCAAAGAAAUAUGCGAACAAAAUCAACUUUCUCAUGGUUUUCACCUCAUUCAUGGGCUGCUGCUUUAAAUAUAAAGAUUUUUAAAAAGUGUACACCUGAGGAACAGGUGCCAUUGUAUAGUGUGAAAAUGUAAACCGAUCAAAAACAUUGAUAAGACUGAUUCUGGUCUCUAACUUAUUGCAUUGUUUCCUCUUGGCCUAUUGAACUAUAUUUGAAAGUUUUGUAAAGUAUGUAAAUGUGUCUUGUUAUAUAAAGUUUCUUCUCUUUGUAACAUUUUAUGUGUAUAUUAAGGAAUUGGCUUACUCCGACCAUGUAAAACAAUCCCAUUCAAGAAGAGAAAAAUGCCCCUGCCUUCUUUCAGCAUGUAUUUUCUUAGUCCCUUUUCUUGUAGGCAAAGUGUCACCAGUGUCUAAACAAUCUGAUUCCCCAUCUUUAUUAUUGUUGGCCAGCCGUUUUCUGUCAUUUUAUUUGACCUCUUGCCUAUGGAAAGGAGCCAUGUUGGUGUAUCCAUUCAUGCUUGCAUGAUAUAGGUUGGGUGUCAUCGGAAACUGUUAAAGCAGGAAUUUGUGAAAUUUUUCUUUACAUUUUACUGAUAUUGUAGCGCUCAUAUUUGCGUGGUGUUCAAAAAUCCACCAUAUCAGUUUGGUAGUAGUUACUGGACGGACUCUGUUUAUAAUUUCAAACCUCUAGCCUAGAUCAAGAUUGCAAAUACAUCUUUCUUCCAGACUGAUUUUUGUGCACACUGUGAUCCUCCAUUAAAACUGACAUUUUCUACAUUG